AGGUCGACUGCACCCCUCCCUCCCUUCACAGCCGGUGGUUCACAGGUGACUGCAGACCAAGGAGGAUGAGCAGAGGUCCCCGGAGCACUGUUUCCUCCUGGCUGACAGAUGGAAGGAAGCAGGUCCUGCAAGGCUCCCCCCGGGACGGCUGAUCCGGAGAGCGACGCUGGGCAAGUUAGGAGCACACCUGCUUCCCCCUCCAAAGAGGUUCACGAGGGUGUUAAGGGGGUCAUCUUGUCUUCCUCGUCGAUUUUAGACUUGAGUCAAAGUGGUCUUCACCAUUUAAGAGAGAUCUUUAAAAUUCCCAACCUUAAACGAUUGCAUCUUCAAAGAAAUGCCCUCUGUGAGAUUCCUAAAGAUUUCUUCCAGUUACUGCCAAACCUCACUUGGCUGGACCUCCACUAUAACAGAAUUAGAGUUCUUCCUUCUGGGAUUGGGUCUCACAAGCAUUUGAAAACUUUGCUUUUAGAAAGAAAUCCUAUCAAAAUGUUACCUGUGGAGCUGGGGAAUGUGACCUCACUGAAAGCGCUGACGAGACACUGCCCUCUGGAGCUCCCUGCUCCGCUCGUGGUGCAGAAGGGACUGGGCUCUCUCCUGGCCUUCCUGCAGAUCUAAGCUGCCCAGCACUCUGCCCCCCAAGAUUUAAAACUGCCUGAUGAAGAUGCCAUUAACUCCCAGGAUCAAAAGGGGUUGUUAAAAGAAAAGGCAAUCUUUUUCCAGCCUGUUGAGAAGCUAGACCUGAGUGAACUGAGAAAGUCCACGGAUUCCUCAGAAGACUGGCCGGCUGAGGAAGAAAUCAAGUGCUUCUGGAAGCUGAGGCAGGAGAUCAUUGAGCAUGAACACGCAGAAGUGCUUGAAAACUAGCUCUUAGCGAUGGAAUUGCCUCCAAAUCUCAGGGCAGCGUUAAACAUGAAGGAGAAAGAACAUUCCAGCCCAAGACAUGUGCUCAGAAGGAAGAUGCCCUCCAUCAGGAGCAUCCUGCCUGCCCUGGUACCAUCGCAGCUCGUGGGGCUCCCCGCCGGGAGGACCCAGGAGAGCAGGGCUGUGGCCAUCUGGGAGCACUGGGAGAAGCAGGUGGUGCUGGAGCAGCAGAGAGGAGAUGAACGAGCGCUGCGGGAGUGGAGGGAGCGAACCCGGACCAGGAGGAUGGCGGAGGAGGCGCCAAGCAAGCCCCUGCCUCCGCGGUGGAGUCUGGUGGACUCAAAGAUUCCCUUUGCCACGGAUUUGAUAGAUAAUGAGAAAAUGCCAGUGAAUCCGUCUGGAAAAAUGAGGCCAAGCAAAGAGAAGUCGUCAGAAGCAAGUAAAGACAAGAGAUUGGUACCUGGGAUCCAAGGGCAUCUAGAAGAACACCUAAAACAGCACAUUCAGAAAGUACAGAAACGCAGAAAAGGGUUUCAGGGGAUGGAGCCACUCGAGGAAAGUGGGCAGGCUGUGCAGGAUUUGGAGAUUAAGCAACCCACAGUGUGGCAGUGUGGCCAGGACGUGGCCCCAGGCCUUAUGGGCAGAGAAUGUUCCCUCAUGUGUUUCAACAUCUGCAUCUGGGUUCCGGCAGCUGAGGUGAUGGUGGUGACGGAGGGGACCGUGGUGAUGGUGUUGGUGACAACUAAGUCUUCCAGAGGCCUUACUGGAGGCCAGUGCUAUGCUCAGUACUCCAAGUAUUAG